AUGGCACCAGAACUUCGGCCACGAAGUCACACUACCUCGUCAGUAGUGACCGAUAGCCUUGAACCUGUCGUACCUGCGCAGGAAAGCCAUAGGGGCAGCUAUUACUCGCUGAAUUCAGCGAAGAUGAGGAGGUGCACCCUGGAGCAAUUGGAGAAGGAGUACGUGCCUGACAGGGCAGAAACGAUGGCAGGAGAGCUUCAAUGGCCUACCGCGCAGCAAACACAUGCAUCAAAGAGCACUGAACAACUUCAGACCCCCUCGUCACCCCUUCAAUCUGCCCAGACAUCGACCUUGGAAACCCUCCAGCCCUCACUAUUCCUACCACCAUCACGCCAGCCCACUAGGCCUGGUUCAUGGGACCCCAGCAUGGCACUCCUACCAUUCCACCACCCUCGCGAUGACACGAUACCCUCACAACGACAGCAGACUUGGGACGAAGUGUCACAGUACACGCCAAGUCUAGGGAACAUGGAAGCAUUGCAUUCCGCCUUAAUAAGGGGUGAAACAAGCGAUACGGAGUGCGGCGACGAAGAUGAAGUUUCUCCCUUGUCUGACAAGGAAGAUGAAGAGACAGGAAUAAAGAAGGGCAAUACGAAGAAGAAUCGCGCGAGUAACCGCUUCUUGCACACUCUACUAUGCCGCCCUGGAUCCCACUCGCCCGAAGACGCUUCCUCAUCUUCUCCUAUUCGUUUUCCCAUGCGCGUCAGCGGUGCUUCGCGCCCGGGCAUGACGCGGUAUAAAAUGAAAGGCCUGACGAACAGACUGCGUGGAACGCCGCCUGCUCCCGGAUCACCACGUGGGAACACUAGCGGCUGCUACAAGAAGAAAGCCCAAGUCGGCGAAGAGCAAGCUGAUGUAGAACUGGAGGAAUUACUUCCCCAGAUCUCACGCGAUUGUCCUCGAAGAUGACACUAAAAAGCUGCUUUGAAAUAUACUUUCUUCCUGUCGCCAUACAGGAGCUAGUAGCCAGUCCGCGAAGGUCUUUACCACAUCGUGGAACCAUGUCAUGCAAGUGAGAGUCUGAACAACCGUUUGCGAGGAGCCUACGAUACACUUCCACGACAUGGUCAUCGUGAUGCUGGUACAGGCGGUCCAGGG